AUGGAGGGCAAGCCUUAUCAGUGCCAUCGUUGCCCCAGGUCAUUUGCCCGUCUAGAGCAUCUCCAACGCCACGAUCGGUCUCAUACCAAGGAGAAACCGUAUGUCUGCAAUGAGUGCCCAAAAGCCUUCACUCGCAAAGACUUGCUCGCCCGUCAUGAACGGCUUGCCCAUCAACCAGGGGCGAGCCCCGUGAGCCAUCAGACAGUAUCUCCGUCUCCAGUUCGCUCAAAUUUAGAUGGGCUAGAUGCUCUAGCAUCAGUCGUGACAGACCAUGCACAUUCUAAUCGUCCAAUACCAGUACAGAGAGAUCCAUUCCCGGAUCCCUUGUCUGUAGAUCGAAGCUCAACUGUUGGCCCGGGACAUUCCUCCACAAGGCAAACUGGCAUCACGCCUCUGCAGGGGUCCGAAUUUGGGUACUCGAUGGGCGGUUAUCCCGCUGGCGCUUACGAUGACAAUGAUUUCACCUCGUUCCUGGAUAGUGUUCCACUGCCUAGUCACCCGUUCUCACCGGCGUUCCAGCCGCUUCCGUUGUUUCCACCUUUGCAGUUUUCCCCUGUCGCGGAUUAUGAACAAACCUCCGACAGGGGUCCUCCGACAGAACCGGCUUCUACACCGUCGAGCUCGGUACUACCACGGCAUGGUGCGCAGCUACCGUCUCUUCAGCCUGAGGGGUAUCAAUCCCCCGCCAACAAGGCAAGACAACCCACGGGGUUUCUGCCUGUGACAGCGCAGUGUCGAGAAAAGAUUCUUCACCUUUUAGCGGAUUACUCCAAUGUAGUACCAGAUCCAUCUCUUCCCUCUCGUCAUGCACUAUCCCGAUGUUUAACCGGUUACCUGAUUGGGUACCACGACCACUAUCCAGUUGUGCAUAAGCCAACUCUCGAUGUCGAGUCCAUGCCUCCCCCGUUGUUCCUUUCUAUGGCUGCUCUCGGUGCGCGCUAUUGCCGGGAGCCAGAUACCAGUCUGCGGCUGUACCAAAUAGCCAAACCGGUCACUCUGGAAUACGUCCGACGGACGUUUCACUCAGGAAAACUACCAGAGCCAGAUCCGAACGGUACCGACAUGCUAGAAACAAUUCAGUCUCUGCUUUUCCUAAUAUCCGUCUCGGGGUGGUUCUUAAAUGACCCGCCCUACUACGAGGCACUGUCUAUUCGAAGCACGUUGGGGGCACUUUUGCGGAAAGGGGGCCUCAACCGACUUCCUGAGCAGGACGGAACCUGGGCGAGCUGGGUUUUUCGCGAGCAAGUCAAGCGCACCAAGCUCAUUAUCUUCUGCUUUUUCAACAUCCACACCAUUGUCUUUGAUAUUCCACCAGUCCUCCUCACUGAAGAGAUCACUCUGGACCUGCCAUGCACCGAGAGGGAAUGGCAGGCAUCAGGGCCUGAUGACUGGCAAUUCGCUCGCAGUCAAAGUCCCGGGGAACCCAAGUUUCGAGAUGCGCUGGCAGCACUAUUUACCUCUCAUGGCGAUAUGGAACGCUUCUCGACACUCGGUGGCUACGUGCUCAUCCACGCCCUACUGCAGGAUAUAUGGAUGAUGACAAAAACGAGCCGCCUAUACGUAUCCCGCUUCAACAACCGCCUCAACUCAUCUAUCGCCCCAACAUCAGAUCUUAUUAUAUUCGAGCAAGCCCUAGAACGAUGGUGUCAGUGCUGGGAACGGAAUCAAGAGUCAUCAGUCGACCCUCUCAGUCCCCAUGGCCCCUUAUCAUUCACGUCAGCAGCCCUGCUCCGGCUAGCAUAUAUCAGAUUAAGUGCCGACUGUGGAUCCACUCGGCACCUACAAUCUUGGGACUCCGUCCAAAUAGCCAAGAGCCUUAAAGACAACCUCUCCGUUCAGCGCGGCGACCGCCUCACCCGUGCAGCACUACACUGCGCUCACGCCCUUAGCACACCCGUCAAGCUCGGCAUCGGAUACGUGGCGCACUCCCAGGUCGCACUCUGGUCAAAUCAGCACGCCCUGUGCUCACUCGAAUGUGCCGUUGUACUGGCCAAGUGGCUAGAAGCGGUAACGGGGCCGGAUCCGGACCCCGUGCUUACGGAGCAAGAGAUUCGCCUAAGGGACUUUGUAAUUGAGAUGGUCAUGGAGGUGCAGCAUGGCGUUUCUCGUGAUUGGCUUCUGGCCACGAAUACUCGGCUAAGUGUGGCGGUGACACGUCUUUGGGCGCGCCUUUUCACGGCGGAUUAUAUUUGGGAAAUGGUUAAUCUAAUUGGGAGGUCGCUGAAUAGCUAUGCGGAUUUAUUGGAGGGUGUUUGA